AUGCCCCUGAACAACGAGUGUCCGUCCUCCACCUCCAGCGGUGAUGAGCAGGGCAGCGACGGCGAGUCGUCAUUGUCGUCAUCGAGGCGCUGCGACAGCACCGCGUCGGCCAGUGACACCGACUGCUCGCGUGAGAGCUUCACCAGCGAUGGCUCCAGCAAACACUGCACGCCCUCCUCAAGCCCUCCCAAAACACUCAGUCUGGACGAGAUCAUGGACUCGGCCAGAGGCAUCUCCAACCUCAACUUGUUCCACGAGAUAGUAGUCAAUCGCGACUUCCACCUGGAGCCGCAUAGCCUGCCCGAGGACAGUUUGUGGAAGGUAGUAAGCGAUAAUGUCCACAAGGCAUUCUGGGACAUCCUGGAGUCCGAGCUAAACGAUGAUCCACCCGAGUACCAGCAAGCCAUUCAUCUGCUGGACGAAAUCCGAGAGAUUUUGUUGUCAUUCCUCAAUCCGGGCGCCAACCGCAUGCGGACGCAGAUCCUGGAGGUGCUGGACAUGGAUCUGAUCAGGCAGCAGGUGGACAAUGACGCCGUUGACGUCGCAGGCCUCGCCGCGUACAUCAUCGACGUCAUGGGAAAGAUGUGCGCUCCCGUCCGUGAUGAGGAGAUUAAGAAACUGAGGGAGAGCACGGGAAGCACUGUGAUGCUCUUCAGGGAGAUCUUCCACGUGCUAGAGUUGAUGAAGAUCGACUUUGUGAACCUCACCAUCGACAGCCUGCGACCUGUCAUGCAAAAGCAGAGCGUGGAGUACGAAAGAGCGACGUUCCAGAGCAUUCUGGACAAGACGCCCGAUGCUUUGAACAACACCACCGCGUGGAUCAAAAUGACUUUUGAGGAGCUUCUGUCCACAAUGCCAAGCAAUCAGGAGAAAGGACAACUGUGUCUACCUGGACCUUUCCAAGUACUCAAUGCGGCCUUUUUACACAUCCUUCUGUGGGACUACACUAAGCACCCGCUACCAGAGACGUGGAUGACGGACGAAGGGCGUCUACGGGAGGUGCAGGUUCAACUGAGGCAGUGGCAAGCGGUCAACGAGGUUCUGCUCAUUGUCCAGAGCACGGUUGGCGGGCCCGUGCAGGGUGUGGCGGCCUUGUCGGAGCGCCUCAAGAGGAUGACCGCUGUACUGCUCGACCACAUGCACAAUCCGACUUUCAACCUGCAGGAGGCACUGGUGGGUGUCAGCGCUCAGAUUUGCAGUGAGCUGAACAAGUCCCUGGCAGAGAGGAGCUACCCGACGCUGACCCCCUCACUGCAGGCCACCCUCACGGGACAAAUCUGCAGCAUCGCCCACCAGGACAACCCCAUUCGCACUCUCGUCGAGGACCGCGUACAGCACUACUUCAUGACGCUCAUCUGCGAUCGCAAACCGGAAAACAGACUGGAACAAACGCCCGCCGGCCUUAGCGCCAUACGCUUAGAGUUAGCGUCUUUGGCUGCAAAGUUCCUCUCAUUGGUCAACUACAACAGGGCCGUGUACGGACCUUUCUACGCCGACAUCAUCAGGAAGCUGAUGUUCAGCAAUACCUCACCUUCGCCGUUGCCUGAUUCCACUCCUCAGGAUUCACUCACCUCUGAAUGA